ACCUAAUAAUACAUUUUUUUGUUUGAAUUUCCUCACAUGGCUACCUCCUCUUCCACUCCCAUCUUAGGCCUUCUCCUCAACCAGAAAAAAACCUACAAUCACAAGAAAUUCAAUGAUGAAAGCCAAUUCUCCUUCCCCCACAGAAGUAAUUUCCACAAAUUCUCCAUAACAACCCCAUCAAACAAAGAUCUACUUGGCCGGAGAGCCACCCCGGAGGUUGCUGGCGAUGUUAUCUCUUCUUUGUCCAUCCCCGGGAUACCUUCAUGGUUCCCCACGGACAAUCCAUGGGUUGUUAGUGUUGCUGGAUUGCUAGUAGGGGGUCCGUUUUUGAUCCAAAGGCUAGUAGCAUUUACAAAGCAGCUUGACAUGGCGGCACAGACGGUGGAAAAUAUCGCAGACGCGGUGGAGAAGGUGGCGGAGAGGGUGGAGCACGCGGCAGAGGAGCUCGAGGAAUCACUACCGGAGGGCCGUCUCAAGGAAGUUGUUCACUUCGUGGAACAUCUGGCUGAGGAGACAGCUGAAGAGGCUGAUAAAAUUGGAGAUUUGAUGGACAAGGUGGAAGAAAUUGAUGACAAGCUGGAGGAGUUUCUGGACAAGCAAUUCAAACGCACCGAUAAAGCAUGAAUCUUUAAUUACUGCAACAAUUUAAUCUAUGGUUUGUAUUGACAUCGAAUAUUACUAUUUAUUCAAUUAAUGUUGAAAAAGUUUAACACA